AUGCUCAUCCUGCCAGCCGUCCUCGGUCUUCUCAGCGCCCUCGCAGCACGGCCCGCCAUGGCCAUCAACGGCGGCGAAACCGUUCCAUUUGGCACGUUCCCCUACGUCGUCAGCAUGCACCGGCAGCACGAACAAAUCUGGAACUUGGUGCCGGUGGGCAAGGGCAAGACUCGCGACAGAGACCGGUGCACCGGCGUGCUCAUCUCCAAGAAUCUUGUCCUUACCGCCGCCAUCUGCAUCGGAUCCCAGAGAAAAGGAGAGACAAUGGUCACGGUCAACGCCACCGUCCAGAGACGACCGAAAAAGUACGGCAACGUGGUGCAGCUGAAGGACUACUGGUAUCCCCACGAAUACCUCAAGCUGGACGGCGAGUACGACAUUGCCAUCUUCGAGGUCCAGGACACGCACAACGUGACUGAAUUUGCAAAACUGCCCUCGAGGGGCCAGGUUCCCCGAGAAGGAGAGCUGGCCAUGGUCCUCGGGGCGGGAAUGGUGCUGUGGUUUCCCAUCCCGGACGUUCCCCUCAAGAAUCUGACUGUGCCCGUCAUCAACCUGGAGAGCUGCAGAGCCCGCAUGGCAGACGUCCAGACUAUUGGCACCGACAAAUUCUGCACCAGGCAGUGCUUUGACUCGGACUACUACGGCAUAUGCGAGGGCGAUUGGGGCGGCCCGGUCAUGAUAAACGACACCGUCGUCGGCGUCGUAGCCCAGUCACCGACAUGUGUCAAGAGAUUCAGGGCGUGCUAUCCUGGCAUCAUUACAAUUGUCGCGGAGCAUCUUACAUUCAUCGAGGAAACCAUGUCCAUCUACCAGGACUCCUUCAUAAAUGACGGCAGACCCUGGACGAAGAGACCCUUUUCCAAGUCCGAAGGGGAUCUCCGUUGGUGA